GGCUGACCGCAUCCAUGGGCCAAUCGUGAAAGGCCGACAUUGCUUUGGCGCAGUAGACGACAUAGAGCCGGAUUGACUGCACUUGGUUACAAAAGCCUUUGCCCGUCAAGCGGAAGUGGCUCGUGGCCUGCCUUUCCUUCCCCUCCUCACCAUACAUCAAUAGACGCAUCAACUACUCUAGAUCAGUCGGAUACCCUUCCCGUCCUCGACUCUCUCACUCUCCUUCAAGCCCAUACCACUGAUAUCGACGCGCUAUGCCCUCUGCAAUUCAGAAGGCAGCCGGCGCUGUGGCUAACGUCGCGGGCGGCUCCAAGCCGGACUCCAAGCCGGAUGCCAAGUCCAAUGCCUCGUCCUCAUCUCUCCCCGCAGUGCCCAAUGGCACGAUCCAGCAAGCCAAGGUCCUUCCUUCGCAGCAGGACUGGGCCCCUCCCGUCUACUAUCAGACGCUCAUUCUCGGCGCCGGUCUGUCUGGCAUUGCCAUGGCCUGCCUUCUCAAGCGCAAGGGAUUUGGUGACGACUUCAUCAUCCUGGAGCGCGAGAGCGGCAUCGCCGGAACGUGGUAUUCCAACUCGUACCCAGGCUGCGGUGUCGACGUGCCUGCGCCACUUUACUCGUACUCGUUCGCGCAGAAGGGUGACUGGUCACGGUUCGUACCUAAGCGCGACGAGAUCAAGGCGUACAUCUCGACCGUGGCGGCCGAGUACGACCUGAUGGACAAGUUCCAUCUGCAGACGCUCGUCAAAGAGGCACGAUUCGAUGAGAGCACAAACUUGUGGCACAUUUACUCCGAGGACUUGCCCCAGCGCUCUGAGCUUGGUGUGGAGCCCAAGAAGCAUCACUACGUGUGCAAAUUCUUCGUCAGUGCCGUUGGAGGGCUGUCUGAGCCCAACGAGUGCAACAUCCCAGGCAAGGAGAAGUUCAAGGGAGCAAUCUUCCACUCCGCUCGCUGGGAUCAUAGCGUCGACUACACGAACAAGAAUGUGGUCGUCAUCGGAAACGGCUCCUCCGCCACGCAGCUUGUUCCAGAGGUAGCAAAGAAGGCCAAGUCGGUCACACAAUUUGUGCGAGCGCAGCACUGGAUCGCCUCAGUGCCGCACGACCCCUUCGCCAUGCUUCCCGGCUGGAAAUGGCUCUGUCGCCACUUCUACGUCUUCCGCAAGAUCUCCCGUGCCCUCGUCUUCCUGGUCAUGGAGAGCCACUUCAUCAUGACGAUGAUGAACCCCCUCGGAGCACUGUACCGUUGGUGGUUUGCGCGCUUUUGGUGCAAGCCUCUGGCGAAGAAGGCGCCGAAGGAGUACUUUGACCACAUCUACCCCAAGGGCAAGAUCUUGGUCUCGUCGAAGCGCCGUAUCUUCGACGACGAGUACGUGCCGUGCCUCAACCAGCCGCACGUCAACCUCGAGUUCGAGAAGUCGGCCAGCAUCGAAGAGGAUGCAGUGAUCACGGACAAGGGCAAGCGCAUCCCAGCCGACGUUAUCGUGCUGUGCAACGGCUUCACAACUGCGCGAGCAGGAUUCCCCAUGGACGUCUACGGUCGUGGCGGUGAGGAGGUGCACUCCCACUGGGAGAAGUACGGUGGCGGCGGUCCUCUUCACUACCGCUCUUGCAUGCUUGCAAACUACCCGAACCUCGUCCAGCUCGUGGGAACGAACAGUGCUACAGGCCACACGUCGCUCAUCUUCACGACGGAGUGCCAGAUUGAGUUUGCCCUGGAGGUGGCCAAGCCUCUUCUCAACGGGAAGAAGCCCUCGACAGCUGCUAUCAGCCACAAUCCCUUGGUCUCGCCCUCUAGCUCCCUCGCAACGCUGGACAAGGUUCCUGCCGUCGAGCCUCGCCUGUCCGCUGAGGUGCAGGAGCAGAACUACAUCCACUGGAGGCACAAGCAACGCGUCUGGUCGUACGGGCACAGCUGGUACAUCGACACUACCUCGAAGCGUGUGACGGCCCUGUACCCUGACUCGCAGAUCACCUUCUGGCUUCGUGCUACUUUCCCUACGUAUGGCGACUUGAUCUGGUCGGACUUGCCCGCUGGUGAGGGUGACUUUAGGACGUGGUGGAAGAGGUGGGGGAGCGCAUUGGGCAUUGGAAGGAUGCCCAAGAAGACAGCGCAACAGGCCGGCAUUCCUGCGAUCAAGCUGCCGCCUAAUUCGACGUGAGCGAGCGAGCGUGCGUGUGCGCGUGCAUGCCCUCGUGAUAUAGACUUUAUUUCUUCAUCCUGGCCUUCUCUUUCUGUUUCUUGUCUAAUGUCAUGGUGUAAUGAUCGACAUG